GUGGGGGAGAAGUAAGGGAUUUCUCUCUGGGCUGCAGUUCGACAGCGUGAACAUCCCAGCGGUGCUUGGCUCCUCACAGUCAAUCUGUUUCCGCACAGUGCGAAGCUCGAGGUGUUUGGGGAACAGAAGCCCAAGGUUGCAGCUUGAAAGAAGAGAUAAGUGAAGAGAACUACCAGGAUAUUGGUGUGUUGCAUUUUGUGACUGAAUUUCGGUGACUGUGGGAGACCUGCUGUAGAUUCCUAUUGAAGUGAUGUGAUGGAAAACUGAGAGUCAGGACUAGAAAAGACUAUUUUGAUCUUGCACUCUAGCACCAGAAAUGACCACCAAAAUAGACAGCUCACUUACCAUUUGAAGGACAUGAAUGACUGGUGAGCAAGACUUACUGUGGAACUGGCACAGACAGAAGUGCAUUGGGUACCUGAGAAUGAAUUGGGAUGACUUUGUGCCCCAUAAUUGUGGUGAAGCCAUGCUUGGACCAUAGGCACCUAGGAGGAACUAAACGUCCUGGCGGGGUAUCCUUCAAAUAGAUUAAAUUGGCUCCCACUCUUAACUCUGGUUUAAGUCAAUGUUCUUUUGGAAUUGUUCUGCAGCUGAACAUUUUUAAGUUCAAGAUGGGGAAGCAAAACAGCAAGCUACGGCCUGAGGUGAUGCAGGAUUUGCUGGACAGCACAGACUUCACUGAGCAUGAGAUCCAAGAGUGGUACAAGGGCUUCCUCAGGGAUUGUCCCAGUGGGAAUUUAUCAAUGGAAGAAUUCAAGAAAAUUUACGGGAACUUCUUUCCUUAUGGAGACGCUUCCAAAUUUGCUGAACAUGUUUUUCGCACUUUUGAUGCUAAUGGAGAUGGGACAAUAGAUUUCCGAGAAUUUAUCAUUGCACUAAGUGUUACAUCAAGAGGCAAAUUGGAGCAGAAACUGAAGUGGGCUUUCAGCAUGUAUGAUCUCGAUGGAAACGGAUACAUCAGCAAGUCAGAAAUGUUAGAGAUUGUUCAGGCAAUCUAUAAAAUGGUUUCUUCUGUGAUGAAGAUGCCAGAAGAUGAGUCAACACCUGAGAAAAGGACGGAAAAAAUAUUCAGACAGAUGGAUACCAACCGAGAUGGAAAGCUAUCCCUUGAGGAGUUCAUCCGAGGUGCCAAAAGUGAUCCUUCUAUCGUCCGUCUCCUUCAGUGCGAUCCCAGCACUGCUGGGCAAUUCUAAUUCCAAAAUGAAGAAUACGACAUUUAGUGUGACUGUGUUUCUGCUUCCUGCAAUUACAUCACCAGUGGCUUGGCCACUUGUUUGUGGCUGAACAUGCCAUCUUUUAGCCCUGUUUGCUUUUUAAUUCUGAAUUUGUAAAUGGCUGUUUAAUUAAUUAAACACUGUGUCUGGAAUUAUUACAGAAUUUUUUCAGCUGUGUGAAUAUAUUGUUACAAUGAUUGUAGUUACUUUGAACAGAAAUCUUUUAGGUAUUUUUUAAAUUUGGAAUAGAGAGGGGAUAAUUUAUAAAGGAUUUGAUUUUGUUUUUCUGUAACCUUGUGCCUCUUAGUUGUGGAACUGGAAGGAACAGAUAAUUACGUCUGUGAGAGAUGAGCCCUAGCAGAUCAAAUGCUGGUUACUUUUCAUCCCAUUACAUUCAAAUAGAAAGAAAAGCAAGCAGUACAUAGUUUGGUGAAUGUUUAUGUUGUAACCUUGUGUGAGAAAUGUUAAUAUUCAAGUAUAUUAGGAGUCAGUCAAAUCCAGUGUUUUAGCAUUAAGAGGGUGAAUAUAAAUCUGAGAUGGAAUUCCUCUGGAGUUUAUAAUUAGGAUGCUCAAUAUAUUAGAGUUGCUAAACCCAAGUUAAAUGAAGUUCUAGUCUGUCAAUUGAAAGAUGUGGAAGGGAAAUGUAUUCUGUAAAACUACUUAUUGUAAAGCUCUUUGUCAAAGAGCUUGUUGUGCUUUGCUAUGCGGUCAAUCCCUGUUACAGUGCACACAAGGUGAAUUCUUAAAGUUUGACAGCAGUGUAAAAUAGACAACAGCAAGGUAGUGUACCUAACCCCAUUUUCCUUCCAGUUGACUUCAGUUGAAAGCUUUCCAAAGGGAAUUGCGAUCAAGUGUAGUCUAAAAUGAAGAUAACAAAAGUUUAUUAGACCAGGGCAUACAGAUACAAUACUGUUUCCAUUUUAAAAUCAUUUAUUCUGUUUUUAUUUUUAAAUAGUACUUUAAUUUUGUUCUACUAAUUAUGGUUAAAUAACAAAACUUGCAGCAACUUGCAAGUUGGAGGAUUGAUGUCUCUUGGCAUGUUGAGGAAUUGGGAGAUAUUGAGAAGUUAUAAUUCCACCACUCAUGGGAGACUGCAAUUAGAGUUUGAUUAGUUUACAGAGGAAGGUCUGCCAUAACUGUGAACAGCAGAACUUAUAAUGGAAGAAGUAGUGCAUAAGUCGUACAUGUACAUAUUUUAAUAUAGUUUAUAGGACACUAUACUGCAGGCUUCACAAUAACACACAAAUAAUUGUCUCCCUUAAAUAAUGCUGGUAAAUGUCUAUCUGCAACCUUAACAAAUCUUUUUUCUUGCUUUUCAGUUUAAUCUUCCAGAGAAUGCCUUGCAGUUCAUAACAUAUCCUCACAUCUUAGCAUGACUAUUUUCCUUACUGCUAUUUACUGUUUCCUCAAUAUAGCUUACUAAUGGGAAAGUCUCAUGAAGAAUAUGCACAGACGAUUGAGAGAACUAAAAAUGUAAAUAUCGUAGAUCAUGCCAAAAAGUGACCCAACUUUUUAUUUGUUUUAGAAGUCAUGCUUUUCUAUGUGCUCAAGUUACAAGUUGACUUUCCCAAAUAUUUCCGCUAUGAAAUGCUAUACUUGCAUUAGUGAUUGGCCUAAAUUUUUCAUCCUCAGAGUGAUGUGUUUUCCUUACUUUGAAAUAUAUAAGUUGGGAUAGGAAAUCAAGUAGAUAAUGCAAAGGAAUCUAACUAUCUCUUACCAUGCCCACAUGGAGAGGACCAUGUAAGACAUGGUGAAAGAAGUGGGUCCUGCAGUUAAACAAACAAAGCUCCAGGCUGUUGCCAAGCUAGGAGUGGUAACAUUUGCUAACUCAGCAAAUAACUGCUAGAGCAAGGAAAUUCUGUAUUGGUGAAAAACUGCUGUGAGAAUAGAAGAAGGAGAAUCUGACCUAAAGAAGAUGCCCAGGACCAAAUAUGCCUUCAGAAUAGGGACCAACUACUGGCCUGAUUUUGAGCAAUAUGCAUCGGAAUGGGCUUCUAGAAAUCAUCAAAUUGUUUAUGCCAGCACCAGAAAUGAAAUUUAUAUACAUGCACUGUGUAUAUAUGCAAUGCUGCAAGAUUUUACGACCAACAUCUAAUUGAUGUGACUAUGUCAUGGAAUAAAAACUGUCUAGUAUUGUGGUAGAGGGACUAAAUCACUUGGUACCUACCCAAAGAACAGAUGCCAAAAUGGCCUGUUCCCAGCAAUUUGUCAUCAAAAAGUGGCAAAAUCACAAAUACCCAUUGGGUCAUGUUAGGAACAUGGGCAAAAUUUCAAUGAAACUCAAAUGCCAGUAGCCAAACUGUGCAAUGGAAAAGUUAUAAAACAAUUGAUUCCAGUGGAACUUACAAGUCAUGAGAAGACCAGAUUCACAUACUAUCCUGCAAUGAUAUUAAAAUACUUGAUAAUUUUCAAACUUAAAACCAUGCUGACCCUCAAGUUCCCUGCUUUUGUUUACAUCCUUGACAAUGGCUAGAUAGAUGAAGAUUGAAUAUAGUUAUGGAAUAGUCACAUUUGGAAUAGGUAUCCCAAUGGCCUAUGUCAAUAUUCAGAUUAUUAGUGUGAGGCUUGUUCAAUUCCCACAUGACUAGUGAGAUCAGGUAUAUCACUUAGUUAUAUACCCAGCCGGGGCAGAGUGUUGGGUUAUGAUUGACUUCCAUAAUUCAGCAAUUCAAUGCAUGACUCACCAUGUUCAUGGUGGAUGGUUGACGGACAGAAAAACCUUUGCAAAGCACGGGGAAAUAUGUAUGUUGCUCCACUUGAUGUUUUGUGUGAAUUCAGUAUCAAGUUGUGAAAUUGAGUGUCAUUAAAUCAUUCAAAAAGUAUGGGAGUGAUUUUAUGUGGAGGGGUGGUGAAUGCCACAACAGAGUGGGAUCCUUACAAUGAUGCCAUAGCCAUAGUGACUGAGAAUGAACAUUGGCAGAUGCUGAAAACUAUGAAUUUAAUGGUUUUAAAACAUUUUGAUAGUAGUUAGAGAUAUUUUUGUGCAAUUAAUUCACUAAAUAAUCCCUGUCACAUUAAGCUAAUAUAAAUUACUGGUAUUCUGCUGUUUCUCACAUUCAAAAUAGCAACCGCCCUACACCAGGCUUUCAUACUUGCCAUGUAAAAAAAACUUUCCUAUUUCUAAGGCUUCACAGAUUGACUUGUACACCACAAUCUACAGUAUGCUCAAGUGCACAACCAGGAAAACAACUCGUGUCACAAUUCAGAAACUUUAAUUGUGUAAUGGGUCAGUCUACAGAAAGCUUUACACUGUCAUUGUGCAGAAACAUACUUUUCCUGCAAUGGUCAUCUCUCUGAUCAAUUAACAUUCAAUCACUAAUGCUCAACUAUCCUAACCAACCGAUCAAUAGUAAAGUAGCCUGGGAGGUUUAUUUGUCUUGAAUUGAGAGUUAGUUGCAAACAAAAUCUUAGUUGAGGAGGAAAAACAAACUGUUGUCAAUUAAAGUAUAACUAAUUUAUGCAGAUCACCUUCACUAAGAAUCCAAGAUAAUUGACUAAACUAACCAGAAACUUCAACUGAUAUUGGUAUAUGUCUGGUUGUAUGUAUAUGAGGGAUCCAAGUACUGAAUUGCAUUUACUAAUGUUAAGGAUAGGUGUUCUGUGUUGGCAUGCAACACCAAGGGAGAAACAUAAGUAAUUUACAAAUUAAUUGGUUUCUGUAGUUUAUGUUUUGCAAACAAAAUCAUUUGAUGUGUGUUUUGAAAUCUACAGUGUUCGAAGUGUUAAAAUUUCUCACUACAAUUUCAAUAGAAAUUUGCUGUUUCUAUUCCCUUAAUUGAAUUGUGGGCAGAAUCGCCUCAUCAUGAUUAGCAUGUGCUAUGUAGCUAUGUUGUGUAAAUUUCCUGCAACAUCAUGGCAUAAAAAUAAGCAAGGUUUGUGUUGUGAUUUUGUUUGCAUGUAUAUUCUUGAACUUAAUGUUUUUUAUGUUCUAUUCAAAAUAGAGAAAAGAGUUUCCUUUUAUCUCCUGUGUCAUUUGGGUGUAAUUUCCACUUGUAUAUUAGAUUAGAAGUUUUACAGUGUAUAGAAUUCCAAUCAUUUGCGUGCUUUAGGAUUACAUUCCAUUCCCUCUGUUGUGGUGUAUUAGUGAGACAACAAUGAAGUUGGUGAAUCUCUUGCUCAUUUUGCUAGAAGUUAUAUUAUUAUAAAAUGCAUGCACCUUCGUGUGCUAUAGUGUAUGCAGAAAAUCAGAGGACAAUCCACUGCCUGUUUAUGAAAUUCAUUUUGAAAGUAUUGAAUUGCAAGGAAAAUUCAAUUAGCUACUAUUAAACUUGCAAGGAUUUUCAUAAUUGCAGAUUAACCUCAUAUUGCAUAUUUCAUAAGUAUUGGAUAAGUUUUGAUCAUGUUAACAAAUUCAUGCUGAUUCACAAAGAUGAUGUUAAAAUGAGAUUAAGUUAAACCGUUCUAUUGUUUCUACACACACAAAUAUUAAUAUGCCUAUAUAAAUGAGUUCUUAGUUCAUCUGCAAUAGGAAGGUUAUUUCCAUAGUGCAACUGUAUUCUAAUGUUAAAGAAAGGAAAUUGGUAUUUGAAGAUGCAAUCUGAAAUAAUCACAAACUACUUAUUUUUAAUCUUGCUGCUGGUGUUCUGUUUACUAAGAUUAUGAAAACGUUUCUGGAUUACAUAUUUUGAGAAACCUACAAUUAAAGGGAAAGGCCACCUCUGCUUUUGAA